CGGGCGGUGACGCGGGGCGCGCUGCUGACGUGUCCGUGUGGCGGCGCGGGCGGGGGCGCGGGGAUGCGGGCGCUGAUCCUGGUGGGGGGCUUCGGGACGCGGCUGCGGCCGCUGACGCUGAGCCGGCCCAAGCCGCUGGUGGAGUUCUGCAACAAGGCGCUGCUGCUGCACCAGCUCGAGGCGCUGCGCCAGGCGGGGGUCAGCCAUGUGGUGCUGGCCGUCAGCUACAUGUCCGAGGCGCUGGAGGCCGCCAUGCGCCAGCAGGAGCAGCGGCUCGGCCUCCGCAUCUCGCUGUCGCACGAGAAGGAGCCGCUGGGCACAGCGGGGCCGCUGGCGCUGGCCCGGGAGCUGCUGGCCGAGGGCGGGGAGCCCUUCUUUGUGCUCAACAGCGACGUGAUCUGCGAGUUCCCCUUCGCCGCCCUGGCCCGCUUCCACCGGCAGCACGGCGGGGAGGGCUCGCUGGUGGUGACCCGCGUGGAGGAGCCGGCCAAGUACGGCGUGGUGGUGAGCGAGGCCGACACCGGCCGCAUCUGCCGCUUCGUGGAGAAGCCGCGGGUCUUCGUGUCCAACAAGAUCAACGCCGGGCUCUACAUCUUCAGCCCCGGCAUCCUGCGGCGCAUCCAGCUGCGCCCCACGUCCAUCGAGAAGGAGAUCUUCCCGGACAUGGCGCAGGAGGGGCAGCUCUACGCCAUGGAGCUGCAGGGACCCCAGCGCCAAGAUCGGGGCAAAUUGUGUCAUCGGCCCCAACGUGACGAUCGGGGCCGGCGUGGUGGUGGAGGACGGGGUGCGCAUCAAGCGCUGCACGGUGCUGGAGGGGGCCCGCAUCCGCUCCCACUCCUGGCUGGAGUCCUGCAUUGUGGGCUGGAGCUGCUCCGUGGGGCAGUGGGUGCGCAUGGAGAACGUGACAGUGCUGGGCGAGGACGUCAUUGUCAACGACGAGCUCUACCUCAAUGGGGCCAACGUGCUGCCGCACAAGUCCAUCACCGAGUCUGUACCAGAGCCACGCAUCAUCAUGUAGCAGCCCCCGGUGCGCCCUCCGCUCCCAGCUCUGCCUGGAUUAAAUAUUUAUACUUCUGUCUACCUCUGAGCAUCGUCUGCGCACAGCCCAAGCACCCAGGUCGCUUGCCGGAGCCGGCCUGGCUUCCCCUCCCCAUGUCUCAGGGCACCACAUAAGGAAGAAUAAUUUAAUGCUGCAUUUCAUCAAG